AUGUUUCGGCCACUGCGGGCGAUUAGCCGUUGUGCUCCGCGGGUUCACUCCACCUUUAUCAAGGCGGCUGUUGUAGUUAGUCAGCCGGCCGCUUGCCAUUCGACAAAUCCGAAAUAUUUCAAUGCGCGAGAGCCUUACGAAGAAUUUAGAACUCGGUUCUUGAAUGCAUUUAAUGAUAAAACGCUUGAUUCAUGGUGGCUUCGACACUGGCUUCAAAAUUUGAAUUUAGAGGACUGUAUCCCCGCCCCGGAGAUUGUUGCCAGCGCCCUUCAUGCCUGUCGGAGACAAAACGAUCUGGCUCUUGCUAUUCGAUUCAUGGAAACGAUUAGAAUGAAAUGUCUGCAAGUCAAGGGAGCUUGGGAUUGGAUGCAAAAGGAAAUUGCUCCGACAUUAAAAGAGCUGGGAAUUCCUACGCUUGCAGAACUUGGGUACGAAAAACCGGAACUCGCAUGGCAUCAUCAUGACGAUGAUUAA